GGAGGGGGAAGACGCGUACGUACACCUACCAGGAGAAACAGCUUUUCAUCCCUUCUGAGGAACACAAACGCGCCCUUUUUUAUUCCCAUUAUUUUUCCUUUUCUCUCGGCACUUAGGCUACAACUUUAUUUUUAUUUUACUUUAUUAUUAUUAUUUUUUUUUAACCGAGCAGAGGAGGACCCGAACCGGUUAUACUGGGAGUUUCUUGGAGUCGCAGGGGGCUGGAGGUCGGAUCUUCUCGUCGUGUAAAUGGCUGAGGGGGGUCGACGCAGGACUGCGGAGUGAACUUGCAAGAUGUCGCAGUUUGUGGAGGCGUAAAAGAGGACUGUUAGUGCUGCAUUUAUUUAAAGAAAUAUCACUCUGCUGGCGUGACAGGAGGUGGUGAAAGAGGAAGGGAGAAGCUGCAGCUCCAGGAGGAUCUCGGUGUCGGGUUGUUCCUCCGGCUCGGAGAGAAACAGACCUGUGGAGACCGAGGCCGUCUUCUGUUUGGACGUCCGUCCAACGCUGUUUUCGUCUCUGAUAAGUUUCUUCUGUAGCCGCCAUCAUUCUGUGCUGUAAGGCUGACUCCAAGAUGUCUUCUAAUGGAGACCUCAGCGAGCUGGGGAGCUCUGACAGCUUCUGGGAGCCGGGGAACUACAAAAGGACGGUAAAGCGGAUUGACGAUGGCCACAGGCUGUGUAAUGAGCUGGUCAGCUGCUUCCAGGAGAGAGCUAAGAUAGAAAAGAACUACGCUCUUCAGCUGAGUGACUGGGCCAAGAGGUGGAGGGUGGUUGUGGAGAAAGGGCCACAGUAUGGCACACUGGAGAAGGCGUGGCAUGCCUUCAUGCAGGCGGCCGAUCGACUCAGCGAGCUGCACAUGGAGCUGCGGGAGCGGCUGGCGGGUGAAGACAGCGAGAACGUGCGCAGCUGGCAGAAAGAGGCCUUCCACAAGCAGAUGAUGGGCGGCUUCAGGGAGACAAAGGAAGCAGACGAUGGUUUUCGCAAAGCCCAGAAACCCUGGGUUCGCAAGCUGAAGGAGGUGGAGUCGACUAAGAAGAGCUACCAUCAGGCCAAGAAGGAGGAGUGGUCGGCAGCUUCCAGGGAGGCACACGCAAAGGCCGACCCGACCAAGUCACAGGAGGAAGUCCGCAAAUACACAGCCCGGGUGGAGCGCUGCAACCAGGAGGCCGAGAAAGCAAAGGAGCGCUACUCGAAGGCCCUGGAGGAGCUGAACCGCUGUAACCCCCGCUACAUGGAGGACAUGGAGCAGGUGUUCGACCUCACCCAAGAGGCUGAGCGCAAGAGGCUGCGUUUCUUUAAAGAUGUCUUGCUAGACAUCCACACACACCUCGACCUGUCCUCCAAAGAAGGUUUCAAAGACUUGUACCAGGACCUCGGCCAGGCCAUCCGUGCAGCCAACGACACUGAAGAUCUUAGAUGGUGGAGGAACACCCACGGACCGGGCAUGAGCAUGAACUGGCCCCAGUUUGAGGAGUGGUCUCCAGAGGCAAGUCGCUCCAUCAGCAAGAAGGAGCGCAGUGGACACUCUGAGGAGAACGUGGUGACGCUCACCAACAUUGUGUCCUCUAGUGGAGUUGAUGUCCCACCAAGUCCCAUUACCCUGGACACCAGCAGGGUGAAAGAUUAUUCAUCAGACUGGUCAGAUGAUGAAAGUCCUAAGAAGGUGGAGGUGAACGGUGUGGGGGAGGAUGAGGAAGAGCAGGUAGAGGGGGUGCGAGUCAAAGCGCUCUAUGAUUACACGGGCCAGGAGUCCGAUGAGCUCAGCUUUAAAGCAGGCGAGGAGCUGCUGAAGCUGGGAGAGGAGGAUGAGCAGGGCUGGUGUAAAGGACAGCUAAGCAACGGCCAGAUUGGCCUCUACCCCGCCAACUACGUGCAGGUCAGUGCGUCCUGAUGGCCCUCCCACUGUGGUCAUGCAAGAGCAAAACUGCAAUCAAGAAGCCAGGACUAAUACAAAGCUGUUAGUGCUGAAUUGUAGACCCACCCUUUUUGAAACCAUACAUUUUUGGGGUUGCUGACUGUAAAUUUUUUUUUUUUUUUUUUUUUAAAGCAUGUUUUUGAAAAUUCAAUGAGUGCAAAAGUCCCCUUUUUGUGAUGGGGGUGUUCACUCAAUAAGAGGUCAGCGGCACUGUUGAUUAAAAGAAGCUUUACAGGCAGAAAAGUAUCCAGAGGCCUGCCAAAGCAAACUGUACACAUGUUGUAAAACACGUAAGUGUAUUCACAUGAAAUAUUUGUUUUCUAAAGGGAUGUUUUAUUAAAGACCGAAUACUGAAUCAAAAAAGACAAAGACUAGGUGGAGAUGAGGUGAACAGCAACCAUCACAGCUGACUGCAAGUGUCUAACUCCGUAGAUUUCAGUGUAGUUUUUGAGUUUUCUUGGAUCCAGCAUCUAGAGGCCACGAGAGGAGCUCCACAGUUUCCUCUGCUCGCCUGUGGUGAAGAAAUAACAAAACCCAGUUAAACACUGACUGUGCCUUAGUCGCUAAGGUCUGGAAUAUGCUGCGCCGCCCUGCAGUCUGACUGAGGAAUUACAGCCUGUAUGUGUGCAGAGCCGCCCUGCUGUCCUGACUGAGGAAUUACAGCCUGUAUGUGUGCAGCGCCGCCCUGCUGUCCUGACUGAGGAAUUACAGCCUGUAUGUGUGCAGCGCCGCCCUGCUGUCUGACUGAGGAAUUACAGCCUGUAUGUGUGCAGCGCCGCCCUGCUGUCUGACUGAGGAAUUACAGCUGUCUGUCGGAUUGUAAUGAGCUCGUCCUUCGUCUAAACAUGGAAGAAAUCUUUAAAAUUUUGGGUACUUUAAAAAUAAAUUUGAUUAUGCAGGCAGCACUUGAUAGGUUUUCAUUUAGCUUGAUAAUUGUGGGCUUUGGUUACUUUUUAGACUCAUGUUUUAUUCGAUAGCUUUGUUCAUAUUAAGUCAAUUGAUUUUUGAGUAAGAACAAUUUAAACAGUUUCUACCUGUUUGUUUUUUUUAAGUCUAGCAUUUUGACUGUCAAGCCCACUUACUCUAACACUUUUCCUCCUGAUUAAUCAUUAGCCUGAUCAAAGCAGGUAAAGUUUACUGUUAGCUCUGGGUCAUUUUAACCUGUAUAUGGUGGUUUGUUGUUAGUCUGAUUUGUUAUGCUGGGAUCACAAUACAAAAUCAUCUCAGACAUCUAAGAAAUAAGUAAUGAGUUAAUAUUUUGUCUAAAUAUGUCAGGUUUGUUUUUUGUUUUUUUCAUGUUUAAAUUUGUGGCUUGAAUAUAAGGGAGUCUCUUCUUCCCCUGCUAAUCUUAGCCCUGCUACAGCUAACCCACAUAGAUGUUAAGAGAUGUUAGACAAAUGAAUGCUACUGCAUUGCUCUCCUUGGAUUCUUUCCUUUUCUUUCCAGAACUGUAACACACACAGUACUUACAGGGGGAAGCAACAAUAAAACGCUUUCUGCA